AUGCCCACAAACCUGUUCCAGUGUGGAACCUGUUCACAAUCUUUCACCCGCAUUGACCAUCUUGGUCGCCACGUGCGCUCCCAUACCCAAGGGAAGCCAUACCGUUGCUCUGUGUGCAACAAGUGGUUCGGUCGUGUGAGAGGCCCAUUCCCUCUGUUAUUAGACAAGGCCUGUCAACAACUGACGUGUGGAGUACACAGUGACUUAUUGUCUCGCCAUUCAACUCUCCAUGACCCCAAUAGAGACUCGGCCUCCACUAAGCGACGGGGCACCGAGGGUAAUAGUGCGCCAAUCCGCGCGUCGCAGGCCUGCGAGGGCUGUGCCGAGGAUCAUCUCCGCUGCGAUGAUGAGAAGCCCUGCUGUCGAUGUCAACGGAAGGGGAUCCGCUGUAAUCUACCCACUGGAUCUGUGGAGAGUACUCCACCGACUCCGGUGACUCGGCUAGAGGCAAACGCUCCCGGCAAUGACGGGGAUUCAUUGUUGCCAUUACAACGGCCACAACAAGCACACCAGCCACAGGCUGUUGGUGGUCCCUGCGCCUCAUUGGGCUUUAGCAAUCAAAUAGAAUUUGUGAGUCAGGGCAACCUGUCCAAACCGGCAGCAGAUCGGACGACUGAUUUAGGAGCAGACUUGACGGAGGCGUCGGAUGCGUUGUUGCGAGCAUAUUCCGCCGUACUCCCUCCAGACCAGGAGGAUUCAUUGCGCAAUCUCUCCCCGAUUACCCGGGGAAUACUGGUCGCCUUUGGCCUAGAGACUAAUCUCGAUCUUAGUAUGGUCAACCUUAAUUUCCUCGAGUCCUACAACGCGCGUGCCCCCUUCGAGUACGAAGCGGCCACGGCGCCCACUCUUGCACCGUUGGUGGAGGCUGCCGAGAACGAAGCCACCGAGGCAGAUCAUGCAGCGAGAGAGGACCGGUCCGUGCAACGCCUCCGAUGGCGGUUUGUUCCUGUGCCUCAAGAUCAUGGCUAUGCUGAACACGGUAACUUGCUCCUCGGCGGCGAGACCAGGCCAGAUAAACCCCUAAAGAGUCUCCGGAAUCUGGACGUGGGGCCCGGUCCUAACAAUUGCCUCGACCUGGCAUCUCGAGACAAAAUCUUGAGCAUUGUACUGAGCCAGAUGCCACUGCCCUUUUCACUGAAUGCGGCCUCGUUCCCUUCUCCCGAACUGCUGGAUCUGCUUACUCCCGAUUCGGCGUUGCGAAAGCUCGGAUUUGCAAUACAGGAGGUUGUCCGACAUCGACUUCCCGCCGUAAUCGAGGCCGACAACACCCUUAUCCGGGAUCUUGAACUGCAUCAGACGUUUCUACUAUGCCUCAAAAUCAGCUUAUACAGUGCGAACUGUCGCAAGAUGGAAAUCUCCGAGAGUUUCCGCUACCCAUUGAUCACUAUGCUGCGACGCCGGGGCCGGUUUGAUGCCGCCAGAUACCCGCUCAUCACCGCGCAUCCGGUCGACACGGGCCAAAUCUUGGAGGAUAAAUGGAGGCUCUGGGUCCGAGAGGAGUCUAUAAAGCGUUUAGUCUACCACUUAUGGCAACACGAAGCACAUUGUUCCAUGGUGUUCCGGACCAGCCCCGUUAUGUCCUACGCCGAGCUAUCACUUCCUCUUCCGGCUUGUCCAGCUCUGUGGAACGCCCCUGAUGCAAAACGGUGGAAAGAGCUUCUCUGCACCCAGCAGGCUGAGGGCCAAUCCGUCUUACGCCCAACGCCUCUCACAGACGAUAGCAGUAACAGUAGCAACAACCACAGUAGCACCAUACUUGGCCCUUCCCGACUCUGGACUGGCGGAUUUCUGAUGGCGUGUCGGUACCAGCAGCUCACUGACAUGCUAGAUUAUUUUGGCGUCGGGUAUAGAAAUGAGAACGUCUUGUACUGGCACAACACCCUGAUGCAUAUGCACAUGUCUCUCGAAGAGAUUCAGCUUUUCGCGGUCUCACUUGAGCAGUCUGAAUCAGCAGACCAGAUUCCCCCUACAAUCGAGGCAUGGUCAUCGAGCAAGGAAGGCCACCAGGCUGUGUGGCAUGCAGCCCAAAUCAUCCGUGACCUUCGGGCCUUGGCGCCACAGUGUUUGCGCGACUUCACCGCCGUUGCUUUGUAUCAUUCAACCCUGGCGCUGUGGGCAUAUGGUAUGGGAGUAGCAGACCUAACUGGCACAGCCACUGCGAAGGUACCCAUUUGGCUUGACUCUCCUGAAACUGAACAUGUACAGAGGUCUAUCUCCUUUGGGCGAGGUCAGCCAAUGCUGCACGGGGAGACCCCUGAAGUUUCCGCCGUAGACUUGUGCGAUUCAACGACAGUUUUGACCGUUGCCCUAUGCAUCACAAUCAUAGCGGCCCUGAUGCCCAUGAACCCCCUCUGGUGGAGAAUAUUGUGCACACUGUUCAUGAGCUACUCGAGGUGA